CCAUAUCGAAACGCACGUAUUGACUAAUACUAAGCAAUAGACAGGUUUACACAAGGGCAUUGACUGCCAUACUCCUCCCCCUGGAAAAGAAACCACCAAGGUAUCGGGCCUAUUUUUGAACAUUCGCGCGCCCAGCACAUUACAUAGUCUAUACAAGACAUCAGAAACAAAGGGUGAUGGCCACCUACAGUCGGCGAGACCCGAGAAACAAUCAGAAGUCUGCUUCGAGCUACCGUCCUGUUCAUCCAGCACAUCUUGAGGCUCGACGGACAAGCGAAAAAGGCUUGCUUUCCUUACUCUUCUGCCUCGGUCCAAGCAGCCAAGCACACCAGGAGAACACCCAGUCUUCCCUCCCAUCGCGAACCCCGACGCCCCGUCCACCACCACUCACACGACCCCUGACGCCGACCAGUCAAGGACCGGGACAACGACGCGGGACUGUCCGGCAGCCGGGCCCUGCGAAACCCGUCCAGAUUACAAACCCACCUAAGGGGGCUUACCCCAGAGAGCAGUCGGAUCCAGUCUCGCUGAUAAAAGAAGCUCAAUUGUGUGUUCCCCACGAUCAGUUCAAUUGGUUUCGCGCAACUGAGCCUACUGAGGAUGCAUAAUAUUGUUCAUGAUAGCUACCUCCCUUCUCGUGGCGGGCCUCACGGGACAGGGGCCGACCUCUAGCUCUAUAAGGGGGACGGACCGGCAAUUGACACAAGGACAACAUUGAACGCGCACCAUGCAAACAGAGACAACGUAUCGCUUCCCUUGGGUGUAGAGUACACUAGCAACAGCCA